UGUAUAUUACUGGCGAGGGAGCCGCUAGGAAGCUAGGAGGAGUUGCGGCAAGGUCGACAACAGCAUCCUGCUCUGAAUUACAGGAAGACAUUAGUUCGACGGACCUAAGUUUGGGAGGGGGGACGAAAAUUACCGCCUUUACGGCUGCGAAAGAAAAAGUCAGUAGGUGGCUUCAAGUUUCCAUCUUGUAGCCACACGUUUGUCACAGACGAAGAAUUGUGGGUUGUUACCGCGGUCCAUACGGCUUUCGAGGCGCGUUUCCCCCUCCUGCUAAACACUUAAGAGAACGGCACAGUUCUGCUCUUCACGGACCAAUUUGUUAUAGAAUUGCUUUGAGGGCCUAACGCGCUUUUUCGUAUACGGUUUAUCUGUUAGUUUGUAUCGAGUGUGCCAUGUCGGCGCCAUCAAGCACAGCUCUCGCUCCGAAAGAGAACGCCCCGGCGGAAAAUGAUUUUUUAGCCCCCGACGCGGGGCAGAAGCCGCCCGGCCCGACGCAUAGUCAGAGCCGUUUCCAGGUGGACCUUGUGGCCGAGGCAGCUGCCGCAGUGGGAGACGAGUCGCCGAGUUCCGAAGCUUCGACCACUGUCCCGUCCAGCGAUAAGGCCACUCUUGGUGCUCCUCCUGAAUACCCGGGGACAAGCGGGGAGGAAGCGAAAGGACGUUUUCGGGUAGUGAACUUUAUAGACCCAAGCGGGGCUGGGAGUCCGGCUUCCCCAGAGUCAACGCCUGUCGAGGGGAUGCAGAAUGGGGACACCGUGAUGAGCGAGACGAGUCUACAUUCAUCGACUGGCGGCCAGCAUCACUAUCACUAUGACACCCACACGAACACCUAUUACCUGAGGACUUUUGGCCAUAACACCAUCGAUGCCGUGCCCAACAUCGAUUUCUACCGCCAGACAGCCGCACCUUUGGGGGAGAAGCUUAUAAGACCCACCCUGUCGGAGUUGCAUGACGAGCUGGACAAGGAACCUUUUGAAGAUGGGUUUGCUAAUGGUGAUGAGCUGACCCCAGCUGAGGAAGCUGCAGCAAAGGAAGCCGCUGACUCUAAAGGAGUCGUCAAGUUUGGCUGGAUUAAAGGAGUUCUGGUCCGCUGUAUGUUGAACAUAUGGGGUGUGAUGCUCUUCAUUCGUAUGUCCUGGAUUGUGGGUCAGGCUGGAAUUGCCCUAUCUUGCUUGAUUGUUGCCAUGGCCACUGUUGUGACGACGAUUACUGGACUGUCUACUUCUGCUAUUGCAACCAAUGGGUUUGUUCGAGGAGGUGGAGCAUACUACUUGAUUUCAAGAAGUCUGGGCCCAGAAUUUGGAGGGUCUAUUGGUCUAAUCUUUGCAUUUGCCAAUGCAGUGGCUGUGGCCAUGUACGUGGUUGGCUUUGCUGAAACAGUCGUGGAACUUCUUGAGAGUGUGGAUGCCAUCAUGACAGACGAAAUCAAUGACAUUCGAAUUAUAGGUACCAUUACUGUAAUCCUUCUCCUGGGCAUAUCUGUUGCAGGAAUGGAAUGGGAAGCAAAGGCCCAGAUCUUCUUGCUCUUUGUACUCAUCACAGCAAUCAUCAACUACUUCAUUGGAACUUUUAUUCCUGUUCAGUCAAAGAAAUCUACAGGCUUCUUUGGCUAUGACGGUUCUAUCAUGUGGGAGAACAUGGGUCCUGACUUCAGGAAAGAAACAUUCUUUUCUGUCUUUGCCAUCUUUUUCCCUGCAGCUACUGGUAUCCUCGCUGGGGCCAACAUUUCUGGAGACCUUGCAGACCCACAGCUGGCUAUUCCGAGAGGAACUCUUCUGGCCAUAUUGAUCACUGGAAUAGUUUAUCUGGGAGUUGCUGUUUCUACAGGUUCAUGUAUCGUGAGGGAUGCCAGUGGAAAUGACACAGUCAGUUCUCAGUUCCUGGUGAAUUGCACUGAUGCUUCCUGCAAAUUUGGCUAUGACUUUUCUUCUUGUAAGAGUGUCAAAGGUGGCUGUCGCUAUGGCCUACACAAUGAUUAUCAGGUUAUGAGCAUGGUUUCGGGUUUUGGACCCAUCAUUACAGCUGGAAUCUUCUCUGCCACCCUGUCCUCAGCACUGGCGUCGUUGGUCAGUGCACCCAAAGUAUUUCAGGCUUUAUGUAAAGACAACAUUUACCCUGGCCUUGGAAUGUUUGCCAAAGGUUAUGGCAAGAACAACGAGCCUCUCCGGGGCUACAUCCUGACCUUUGUAAUCGCUCUUGUGUUCAUCCUAAUUGCUGAGCUGAACAUCAUUGCCCCGAUCAUCUCAAACUUUUUCUUGGCCUCCUAUGCAUUGAUCAACUUUUCCGUGUUCCAUGCCUCAUUGGCUAACUCCCCAGGGUGGCGUCCCAGCUUCAAAUACUACAACAUGUGGGUUUCGCUUGCUGGAGCUGUACUGUGCUGCGUGGUAAUGUUUGUCAUCAACUGGUGGGCUGCUCUCUUCACCAACGUCAUUGUUCUGGCACUCUAUAUUUACGUCAGCUAUAAAAAGCCAGAUGUAAACUGGGGCUCAUCGACCCAGGCUUUGACCUACCAUCAGGCUCUCACCCACACUUUGCACCUCAGUGGAGUGGAAGACCACAUUAAGAAUUUCAGACCCCAGUGUCUGGUGAUGACUGGUUACCCUAAUUCCCGUCCAGCCCUAUUGGACCUGGUCCACAGCUUUACCAAAAACGUUGGUCUGAUGAUCUGUGGUCAUGUUCGCACGGGUUACAGAAGGCCAAACUUUAAAGAUCUGGCAACAGACCAGUCCCGGUAUCAGCGUUGGCUGCUGAAGAAUGAAACAAAGGCUUUCUAUACGCCAGUGUUUGCAGAGGACAUGAGGCAGGGAACCCAGUACCUCCUUCAGGCUGCAGGGUUGGGCCGCCUAAAGCCCAACAUUCUUGUACUUGGCUUCAAAAAUGAUUGGAGAGAUGGUGACAUGAUGAAUGUGGAGACAUACAUGAGUAUGAUCCAUGAUGCUUUCGACUUUCAGUAUGGUGCUGUUAUUUUGAGAUUGAAAGAAGGAUUGGAUGUGUCGCAUAUCCAUGGACAAGACGACUUGCUCUCAUCCCAAGAGAAGUCCUCUGGAAUGAAAGAUGUGAUUGUGUCCAUUGACACCAGCAAAGACUCUGAUGUGGAUUCAUCAAAGCCGUCUUCCAAAGCUACAAGCCUACAAAACAGUCCAGCUAUACAAAAGGAUGAUGAAGAUGAUGGCAAAGCUACAGCCCAGCCCCUGUUGAAAAAAGAUAAGAAGAACAUGACAGUACCACUGAACGUGUCUGACCAGAGAUUGUUGGAGGCCAGCCAGCAGUUCCAGAAGAAACAAGGGAAAGGCACAGUUGAUGUCUGGUGGCUGUUUGAUGAUGGAGGUUUGACACUGCUUAUUCCCUAUCUCUUGACCAACAAGAAGCGAUGGAAGGAUUGCAAGAUUCGUGUUUUUAUUGGUGGCAAGAUAAACAGGAUCGACCAUGACCGCCGAGCAAUGGCAACUCUGUUGAGCAAGUUUAGGAUAGACUUCUCAGACAUCACUGUCCUUGGAGACAUAAACACCAAGCCCAAAAAGGAGCACAUUUCUGCCUUUGAGGAGAUGAUUGAGCCCUAUCGGUUGAAGGAAGAUGACAUGGAGCAGGAGGCAGCUGAGCGUUUGAAAAACAGCGAACCAUGGAGGAUCACAGAUAAUGAGCUGGAGCUUUAUCGUGCCAAGACCAAUCGUCAGAUCAGACUCAAUGAGCUACUGAAGGAACACUCCAACACAGCCAACCUCAUUGUCAUGAGCCUGCCGUUGGCCAGAAAAGGUGCAGUGUCCAGUGCUCUGUACAUGGCCUGGCUGGAGGUGUUGUCGAAGGAGCUGCCGCCGAUCCUUCUGGUGCGCGGCAACCACCAGAGUGUCCUAACCUUCUAUUCUUAAAAAAAGCAACAAAAAUAACACCUAAGGAAUGAAUUCUCACAUCCACCUACUGUGUCUGUUAGACAAACAUAACUACAAACUGUGUGUGCACAAAUUCAAUUCAAAAAUAAAGUACAGUGAAUAAAAUGCCGAAUGGAUUGAGAUGAGGAAAAUCACAUCGAAAUCAAAUGGUGAGUGCAGGGUGCUUUUUCAAAUGGACCAACUCUCUCUUAUUUUUGUUCCGGAAUUGUCUGGAUUUUCUCAUGUAUCGCCAAUCGGAUUCACACAUGGAUAUGUCAGUUUUUCUCAAAACGGUUUAAUUACUCUUGGUUUGUUUGGGGGGUUUUUUGUUUUUUUUUGUCGUUGUCGUUGGCGGUGGUGUUUUUUUUGCACCAUCUUCACCUUGUGACAUGAAACGGUCACCCUUAUUACAUUUAUUGGACCUGGUUUUAAUGUUUGUGUCGUCUCAAUAAUUAAUGACCUUGCUGCUUUCCUUAAAUAUUUGGAGAGAAGCACGUAGAAUGCUUUGCAACAGUUUUUUAAAGCCUUAUGGAUGUGCCUUCCAGUUUAAUCAGACAAUAAUCUCUAUUUAGAUGACAAUGUUGCUUAUUAUAUUGCAUCAUAGAUAGAAUGAUUUUCAACUAUGAUUCCUUCUUAGUGGAUCGCAUUGCAUGAAUAGAAGGUGUCCCUUUAAUGAUGGUAAGAAGACUUUCGACGAGUUCUUCCCCCUUUCUUGUUUCAGACGGUUGUGUUUUUCUCUCCAUUACCAUUUGAGUCUUCCUUUUUAAAGAUGUGAAUAUUUCUAAUGCCUCAACUACUCUGCAGAGGACACCGUGAGGCUUUCAGGCAAAUGCCUAAAGCAUUCAUGCAUUGACCUUGAAUUAAAGAUUUUCUUUGUGGACGUAAUUUUUCAUAAGCGACCAGACGUCACAUUAAAAGAGUACCACGUUGUAGCUCAUGUAGCUUCACAUGAACUAAAUGGUUUCAUUCAAUAAAUGUCUAUUCCUUGAUUGUUCUUACCCUGAACGCAAAUGCCACUAUCCCCCAAGCUAGGGAACUUUGCCUUAAUACCCGAGCUAACGAUUCAAGUUUUGGUAAGCCAUACCGGAUAGGUCACGUCUUGUUUUCUGUACCAUGGAAUAGACCACCACAUGUAUGUAUUUAUGCAGCUGUAUGUAAUCACCGUCCGCCCUUAUUGGUCUCUUAUCGCUUAAUGUAGCUGAGCUCUGCUAGUAGCGGGUUCUGUAGUGACUCAACAUACAGUAAAACACAUCCAGCGUUAGUGCAACAAUAUACUUCAGAUUUACUCAAAUACUCAGGCCCCUCACAACCCCUUCGUCAUCUUCUUUGCUCUAAGGAUGUAUGAUGAAAUUCUAGUCUUGUCCAUACUGACCUUGUUUCAUACUUGGAAGGCUCGCAGUUCUGAAUAAUGUUACAUUGAGAAUGAUUCACAUCUGAAAAACGUAUACCUCUAUGCAUUUCAGUUUGUGUCACAUAUGUAAUAAAAGUCUGUCUCUCAAUUUGAAA